GUCACUCCUACCCGGACUGGAUGGCAACUGCUUGCGGUGAACGACUGAGUGUGAGCAGUGACCCCGGGGGUGGUGUGGGGUGUGGGGUGCCGGGUGUGUGUGAGCAGUCUGGAUUAUUGUAGCUACUGAUACUUUAAAAAGGGCUGGUGAGCUUGUAAAACCGGGGAGACCCAUGCCUGUGGGUAUACCGGGUCAGUGGGCACACAGGGGAGCCGCCCUGCACCAGUUACCAGUAUAGAGCGCCUGGCAUGAUGCAGAGUUGGCACUGACCUCACCCUCUGAGACACAGCUGGCACUGACUGCAGAUCUCCUGUGCAGUGCCCAGUUUAGACUGCAUUAGAGGACCCAUCUUUCCAUACACUGUUUGAUUCAUACUUAGCGGAGACCAUCAGCUUUCAUCAUGCCUGGCACAGAAGGGCUACAAGUCCCAUCAACCCCCAGUCCGGGCACAGAAGGAACCGUGUCCCCAUCAUCCACUAGCACGGGCACAGAGGAUGCGCAAUCCCCAUCGCCUUCCAACUCUAGUUCUGAACUGGUUGCCAGCUUAUUGACUCUGGGCAAGACAUUGCUGCUGCUGUUGCCAGUAUACCUUUGUGGGUACCUGGGUAUGAGCAUACUUUUCGUGGUCGUCGGACUGCUGUUUUACCUGGGCUGGAAGGGAUCUCGUCUAAGCAAACUGAGAAGACUUAAUACAGUUUUGGAAGCCUUGCAGAAUGAAGAAGUUAUCACUGCUAAAACCUUGUUCAUGACAAAGAAAGAGUUACCAUCCUGGGUCACGUUCCCUGAUGUGGAGAAAGCUGAAUGGCUUAACAAGUUUCUGGCACAGAUGUGGCCAUUCAUCAGUCAGUACUUGGAAAAGCUCUUCUCCGAUACGAUUGCACCAGCAGUACGGUCAUCCAACGCUCACUUGUCAACCUUCUACUUCACAAAAAUUAACAUGGGUCAGAAGGCCCCGAAAGUGAUUGGAGUGAAGGCACACACUGAACUCAACAAGAAUCAGAUCAUUCUGGACCUCCACCUCAGUUAUGUUGGAGACAUGGAAAUUGAUGUAGAAAUAAAGAAAUAUUUUUGUAAAGCUGGAGUAAAGGGAGUACAGUUACAUGGUGUGCUACGCGUUAUCUUGGAACCCCUUAUUGGAGACGUUCCUAUCAUUGGUGCAAUAACGUUGUUCUUCAUCCGCCGACCGUUGUUGGAAAUAAACUGGACAGGCCUCACAAACCUCUUAGACAUCCCUGGACUCAACGUCAUGUCUGAUACCAUGAUCAUGGACAUAAUUUCUUCUUACCUGGUGCUGCCAAAUCGGCUGACUAUCCCAUUAGCACCUGACCUUCAUUUGGCUGAACUGCGUUCCCCCUUGCCUAGGGGCAUUGUACGCAUACAUCUCAUGGGAGCUCGUAACCUUAGUGCAAAAGAUCUGAAGGUCAAAGGAUUGAUAGCGGGGAAGUCAGAUCCUUAUGCCAUUGUCCGUGUGGGGACUCAGGUCUACAACAGUCGCAUCAUUAAUGAGGAUCUCAAUCCUGUCUGGAAUGAGAUGUAUGAGGCUAUUGUAAAUGAAGUGCCUGGCCAGGAGUUGGAAGUGGAAUUGUUUGAUAAGGAUCCUGAUCAAGAUGACUUAUUGGGCAGGAUGAAGUUAGAUCUUGUUGAAGUAAAGAAAGCACAUGUUCUGGACAAGUGGUUCACACUAGAUGAUACAAAGACAGGCCAACUACACCUCCGGCUGGAGUGGCUCACUCUCAUGCAAAAUGCUUCCAAGCUUGAGCAGAUAAUGAAGAUCAACAGAGAGAUUUCUUCAAAAAUGACAGGGGAGCCUUCUGCCGCAAUCUUGAUCAUCUAUCUGGACAGGGCUCAGGAUCUGCCAUUAAAGAAGGCGACGAAGUCCCCAAACCCCAUGGUGCAGCUGUCUAUACAGGAUGUGACACUGGAGAGCAAGACUGUGCAUAAUACCAACUCUCCUGUUUGGGAAGAGCCAUUCCGUUUCUUUAUUCGUGACCCCAACCUGCAUGACUUGGACAUACAGGUGAAAGAUGAUGAUCGGCAGUUUUCAUUGGGCUCAUUGUCUCUUCCACUUAGUCGGAUCCUUUGUGCUGAUCAACUCACAUUAGACCAGUGGUUUCAGCUGGAGAACUCUGGAUCCAGAAGCAGAAUCUACAUGAAACUCGUUAUGCGGAUUCUUUAUGUGGACCCAGCAUAUGUCCCUGUCGUGGAAACAGAGAGUCCUGGGAUUGAGGCUUCAAUUGGAUCUAGUGUAGAUUUGCCCCCAAGACCUGUAAAAACCAACCCUCCGGAGAAGUUUGCAACUGAGAACGUGAUUCGCGUGUUCGUCCUCGAAGCAGAAAACCUGAUUGCCAAAGAUAACUUCAUGGGUGGGAUGAUAAAAGGGAAAUCUGACCCUUACACUGUGAUACGAGCGGGAGGCAAAUCUGUGCGUACCAAAGUGGUGAAGGAGAAUUUGAACCCACGGUGGGACCAGGCCUUUGAGAUACUGGUUACAGAUAUCCCCGGGCAGGACAUUGAAUUUAAUGUGUUUGAUAAAGAUAUUGAUGCAGAUGAUUCCUUGGGAAGUUGUAAAGUGAGUGUGAAAGACGUCCUGAAAAAGAAAACCAUUGAUGAGUGGCUGCCAUUACAGGAAGUUAAAUCUGGGAAACUGCAUGUCAAACUGGAGUGUCUAUCUCUAAUUACUGAUGCUUCUCAACUGGAUCAGGUGCUGAUGAUAAACAGUCUGUCUCAGCCUGCCAACGGUGAGGAUUUCUCUGCCGGCCUUCUCUUUGUCUAUAUAGAGCGAGCAAGCAACCUUCCUAUACUGAAGGGGAAAAACCCACCAGCAGCAAAUGCAGAGCUUACUGUGAAGAAAGUUACUUACAAGACCAAGUCUGCCUCAAAGAGCACCUCUCCUGUGUGGGAUGAAAGCUUUGUUUUUCUCAUCAGGAAUCCAGCUAAUGAGACCUUCCAGCUACAGGUUCGAGAUGACUCUCAUAAUUCCUUGGGAUCCUUCAACAUGCCCAUUUCUGAUCUCUUGGAUGCUGAUUGUCUGACAUUUGACAGAUGGUUCAAUCUGACUUCACCUGGACAGCACAGUCAGGUUCUGAUGAGACUGCAGUUGAGAAUUUUGUCCUCUCCAAAUGUCAGUCCUGAGCUCCAGGCACUUAAGAUUGCUUCAUCUGAUCAUCAAAGACCCCCCAGUCCAAAGAAAUUGUCUGAUACUGACAACCCAAUGCCUGCGUUUGAUAGCAGUGACCUUGCAUUUGCAUCCUCCCCGGGGGAUCUCCGUCAAAGACUGCCUCACUCUAACAGCGAUCCAUCUUCCACAGACUCUCUCCUGGGACAGCUGAGGAUGACCCUGUAUUACCCUGCUAAGGAAGGGAGACUUGUAGCAGUGAUACACAACUGCAGAAAUCUAGGCCUCUCUUCCAAGGAACCUCCCGAUCCUUACCUGUCAAUGGUAUUGCUACCAGACAAAAAGCGGAAAACCAGUGUGAAGAAAAGGACCAAUAACCCAGAAUUUAAUGAAAAAGUUGAGUGGGAGGUGUCACUUGAAGAGGCGUCAAGGAAGAAACUGGAAAUCUCUGUAAAAAACAGCAGGUCCUUCAUGUCGAGCAAAAAGGAGGUGAUUGGAAAGGUUCAGAUCGACCUCUCCCAAAUGGAUCUCUCACAAGGCUUGAGUCAAUGGUACAACCUGAAGGAGGAAUAAAUGUGUAUCCAAGCAUUUUGGAAGAAUGCAACAUUCUGUGCCCAAAGGCAUCUGUGCUAGAAACGCUUCCUGCAGGACUUGGCACCGUCUUUUUGUCCUAUCCAGUCUCCUGAACCGAGCUUUUCCAAGGACGCUGUGAUGCAUCAUUCUGCAGGCUUUGCUAAUGGAAAUUGUGUAUAAAAGCAGAGUAAGGACAUUCCUAGCACCACCAGAUUUUCAUUGGCCUUAUUAUGGAAAAGUAUUAUACAUUCACCAGAGUUAAAGAACAUUAAUUUAAAGCCAAGCCAUGCCUCCCCUGUUACCAUCUCCUUCCAUAUUCAUACACAGGAAUCCGUUUCCUUUUUAGAUGUGUGUGUAUAUCUACGUUCAUUCACUCUUGUGUGUACAAAACAAUCACUGAUAAGAUAAUGUUGAAGCAGAGCUAAGUAACUAACAUGAAGGAUUGUAUAUGUAAUCAUCUGCAUGCCAGGGGUGUUCUCAGCCUUCAGGGUCCAUGUGGCUUAACAUACAGCCAUGGUACACACCUAGUGCUCUGUCUAGUGCCAUGUAACAUGAUAAUGAUGUCUUUUGUUUGUCUGGUUCUUGCUUUACCAGAAUACCUUCAUUAAUAUUCCAUCUAUUGGUUAUACACCUUUCUUCUGUUUCCGCUCAAAGUUCUUUUUGUGUGAGUAUUUCAGUAGUAGAGAAUAGUCAAGAAAGGAAUCUUUAUAGCCGCUACACAGAGUAGUUUGCAUUAUGCAUUCCUAUGCAAAAUACGGGGUGUAUUUAUAAUAAUGUUCUUAACUGUUUCAGCACUGGACUGCUAACAGUUCUUAGGAUAAUCCAAAGUGUGUCAUAUAUAGAGGGUGCCUUGAUUUCUUACUGUAUAUUAUUCAGAUCUGAACAGACAGUGCAGUGAUCAUUUACUAUUUUUUUAAGCAUAUGUUUUCAAAUUUUAUUACAUGCCAAAUGGUGUCCAAUUACGUCCAAUGUUUCUGAAUAGGGAGUAAAAAAAAUUCAUAUCUUAAAGGUUUUCCAUAUAUUAUUUCAGUAUUGCCAGUGUUAACGUGCUGCUAAGAGAAUUUUUACUGUUCUGCUUUCACAGCCAUACUUGAACAUUUCAGAAGCGCAAGGAGUGCAGUUUGUAUACACUUGCCCUCCUAUGUACGCCAAUUUGUGCUCCGGUUAUGUGCUCAUGGUAACCUCCCUUCCUAGGCUGUCCAGAGUAAAUGAAUGUGGCCUUUUUAGUCUUUUGAACCAGUUUAGUGCCAGGAGCACAAAAAUCUUGUCCCGUGAACUAAUGUGAUAUUGUGUACCGCAUGACUGUUCUAGUUGUAGCCAUAUGAAUGUGAGAAAAGUCUUUAUGCAUAGGUAGGCCACAACACCCUGGCAUUCAGACAGUUAGUGACUACUGCCCGGAUAAAAAGUUAACUUUUUAUCAGUGCUUACCAAUCUUUGGCUUUUUUUUCAUGUUAUUAUGCAGCAAAUCGCUUAAUUCUUCUCGCAAUAUGUAAUAUAUGUGUGUAUUCAAUAAGAUUCCAUUGACAGGAAUUGGCCAUCACAGUAGCUAAAAUAGGUCAAAUAUUUCACCAGUGACUGUUUUUCUGAUUUAAAUAUACAAUAUAUAUGUAUUAGAUGUAAGUGUUCAUUGUUCUCAUCACAGCGCAUCAUAAAAAAAGUGAAAUCAAAUGGGAGCAACUGCCAAUACUUUGGAACUGUGAACACCUCUACUGCAAAGUCUGUCUUUUUCCAAAAAUUGUCAGAGCUUUAAAAGACCAAUAUAAGCCCAUUUUUAAACCAUUUUUUUUUUAAGUUUUGUAUUUUUAUAUUGUAUUUCUGUUUGCUUUUAGAAUUUGUUUUUAACGCAAUUGAAAUCAUGAUGUUGAAAUGUAUACCUGUGUUACCCAGGGAGUACUGCAACAUAGCAUUUCCUCUGCUCACAAAACCUGAAAUAUCGCUGGCAAUGGGCAGCUAAUGCUUAAUAAACGUACCACUACUUCAUGGUAUCCAUUAAAUGUCUGUCUCCCUGA